CUUCAAUUCCUUCCUCCAUUUUCGCCCAAUUUCUCUAGUUUUGGCGCAAUUUUUCCACCCUUUUACUCACCAUAUAACUAUCUAAUAAAAUACUCUUUCCUCAAUUUUCCUUACAUCUCCUUGCAAAUUCCCCAAACCCCAAAUUCUAGGGUUUUCAUAUUACUUCUCUCUGUAAUCCAAACCGUUAUCCGGCUUGGUCCCCUCUGAUCACAUACCUUUAGGUUUGGAUUUCUGAAAUUUGGGGUGAAUUUUGAUCAGAAUUCGAAGAAACAAAAGAAAGAAAUGAGCUUUCAAGAUCUAGAAUCGGGUCGAUCAGUGGGUACCCGUCGGGGCUUUGUGAAUGGGAAGCAAGACACUACCCAAGCCGUGGCCUCAGGAAUUUUCCAGAUCAACACCACCGUCUCCACGUUUCAGAGGCUGGUUAACACCCUAGGUACACCGAAGGACACCCCUGAGCUACGCGAGAAGCUGCACAAGACAAGGCUACAUAUUGGGCAAUUAGUGAAAGAUACUUCCACAAAACUUAAGCAAGCGAGUGAAACAGAUCAUCGAGUUGAAGUCAGUGCUAGCAAGAAAAUUACAGAUGCUAAACUUGCUAAAGAUUUUCAAGCUGUAUUGAAGGAGUUUCAAAAAGCUCAACGGCUUGCAGCUGAGAGGGAAACAGCAUAUAUGCCUUUUGUUCCCCAAGCAGUUCUUCCUUCUAGUUACACAGAUGGUGAGGUAGAUGUCAGUUCAGAUAAAGGUCAAGAACAGCGAGCUCUCCUUGUGGAAUCUAGAAGGCAAGAGGUUUUGCUUUUGGACAAUGAGAUUUCCUUUAAUGAAGCUAUUAUAGAGGAACGAGAGCAGGGAAUACAAGAAGUACAACAACAGAUAGGUGAAGUUAAUGAGAUCUUCAAGGAUCUUGCCGUGCUUGUUCAUGAGCAAGGAACCAUGAUUGAUGAUAUUGGUUCCAACAUAGAGAAUUCUCAUGCUGCAACUGCACAAGGGAGAUCACAACUUGCUAAAGCUGCAAAGACCCAAAGAUCAAAUUCAUCUCUGACAUGCUUACUCCUGGUGAUUUUUGGAAUCGUGCUCCUUAUUGUUAUUAUAGUACUUGCAGCCUGAUUUGAAGAUUUUGAGAUAUAGGAUCCUAAACUCUGUUCAGCAGUUGAGAGAUCUUUGUGAUGCAAGUUGUUUGAAGGCUCAACCUGGCGUAAUAUUGUGCUGCCUCAAAUCUUUGAUCAUACUAAAAAAAGAAAUACUGUCAAAUGAACUGUUUGGGGGGAGGGGGAGUGCAGAGUUUGUGUUUAAUAUUGUAAAUUUGGUGUUUGGGUUGCCGCGUAUGUUACUGCCUUGUAAUGGCACUAUUAUAGGUUUGUCAAUAAAAAUGAUUAUUUGAGGCUCUUCGUUUCUA